ACCUUGACAGUUAUGGCGGGGCUGAGCAGCUCGCAGAUCCCCGACGGUGAGUUCACGGCGGUGGUGUACAGGCUCAUCCGCGACUCCCGCUACUCCGAGGCGGCGCAGCUGCUGGGCGCAGAGCUGCAGAGGAGCCCCCGGAGCCGCGCCGGGCUGUCGCUGCUGGCCUACUGCUACUACCGCCUGCAGGAGUUCGAGCUCGCUGCGGAGUGCUAUGAGCAGCUGAGCCAGAUGCACCCCGAGCUCGAGCAGUACCGCCUGUACCAGGCCCAGGCGCUGUACAAGGCCUGCCUGUAUCCAGAGGCCACCCGGGUCGCCUUCCUCCUGGACAACCCCACCUUCUAUAGCCGGGUCCUUCGCCUACAGGCGGCUAUCAAGUACAGCGAGGGGGACCUGCCAGGAGCCAGGAGCCUGGUGGAGCAGCUGCUGAGUGGGGAAGCUGGAGAAGACAGUGGAGGGGAGAAUGACCCAGAUGGUUUAGUUAACAUGGGUUGUCUGCUCUACAAGGAGGGUCACUAUGAAGCUGCCUGUGGCAAGUUCUUUGCAGCUUUGCAGGCUUCUGGCUACCAGCCUGAUGUAUCUUACAACCUGGCUUUAGCUUGUUACAGCAAUAGGCAUUAUGCUCCUGCUCUCAAGCAUAUCGCCAAUAUCAUUGAGAGAGGCAUCCGUCAACACCCAGAGCUAGGUGUGGGCAUGACCACCGAAGGCAUUGAUGUUCGCAGUGUUGGCAACACUGUGGUCCUCCACCAGACUGCUCUGGUUGAAGCCUUCAACCUCAAGGCAGCCAUAGAGUACCAGCUCAGAAACUAUGAGGCGGCCCAGGAAGCCCUCACUGACAUGCCACCCAGGGCAGAGGAAGAGUUGGACCCCGUGACCCUGCACAACCAGGCCCUGAUGAACAUGGAUGCCAGGCCUACAGAGGGGUUUGAAAAGCUCCAGUUUCUGCUCCAGCAGAACCCCUUCCCCCCAGAGACCUUUGGCAACCUGCUGCUGCUGUACUGCAAAUAUGAGUAUUUUGACCUGGCCGCUGAUGUCCUAGCAGAAAAUGCCCACUUGACCUACAAGUUCCUCACACCCUACCUCUAUGACUUCUUGGAUGCCAUGAUCACUUGCCAGACAGCUCCUGAAGAGGCUUUCGUUAAACUUGAUGGGCUAGCUGGCAUGCUGACUGAGCAGCUCCGGAGACUCACUAAACAAGUUCAAGAAGCAAGGCAUAACAGAGAUGAUGAAAUUGUCAUAAAGGCUGUGAAUGAAUAUGAUGAAACUCUUGAGAAGUAUAUCCCUGUCCUGAUGGCCCAGGCGAAAAUCUACUGGAAUCUUGAAAAUUAUCCAAUGGUGGAGAAGAUCUUCCGCAAAUCUGUGGAAUUCUGCAAUGACCACGAUGUGUGGAAGCUGAAUGUGGCCCAUGUUCUCUUCAUGCAGGAAAACAAAUACAAAGAGGCCAUUGGCUUCUAUGAGCCCAUUGUCAAGAAGAAUUACGAUAACAUCCUGAGUGUCAGCGCCAUUGUGCUAGCCAACCUCUGUGUUUCCUAUAUUAUGACAAGUCAGAAUGAGGAGGCCGAGGAGCUGAUGAGGAAGAUUGAAAAGGAGGAAGAACAGCUGUCCUAUGGAGAUCCAGACAAGAAAAUCUACCACCUCUGCAUUGUGAAUUUGGUGAUAGGAACCCUUUACUGUGCCAAAGGCAACUAUGACUUUGGCAUCUCUCGGGUCAUCAAAAGCCUGGAGCCUUACCAUAAAAAGCUAGGAACUGAUACAUGGUAUUAUGCCAAAAGAUGCUUCCUGUCCUUACUAGAAAACAUGUCAAAGCAUACAAUCAUGCUGAGGGACAGUGUUAUUCAAGAAUGUGUCCAGUUCCUAGAGCACUGUGAAAUUUUUGGCAGGAGCAUCCCUGCUGUUCUAGAGCAGCCCUUGGAGGAGGAGAGACUACACACUGGGAAGAACACGGUCACGUAUGAGUCGAGGCAGCUGAAAGCUUUGAUUUACGAGAUCAUAGGGUGGAAUGUGUAAUUAUUUCUAAAAAGGUCUUUAGAAAAGCUCUUUAAAAUUUAUAUUUCACUCUCUUCUGUAUUUUUCUGCAUGUGUUUAUAUUUGUUUCAGGUUUGACUCUGUAUACUUGAAAGCCAGCCUUUGCUCCUUGGUAGCCACUGUGUGAUAUAGGCCGCAGGACACUGUCCACAGCUGGGACAGUGGCGUCUGCAGAGGCACAAACACUCGGCAGCACUUACUGUUUGGGCUUUGGGCUGUCCAGGGGACUUCGUGCUAGUGGCGUCCUGGUACACAGUCCUGCUGUCACUGCCUAGUAGACCCAGUUGCUGGACCCCAGCAAACUAUCUCCAUCAGAAAGAAAACCAAAGGCAGGCUUUGUUCCCGAGGUAGACUGCUGCCCAACAAAUCUAAUCCUUGACCAUAUGCCUUUAGGUGUUUUUAUUUCUUUUGGUUGAUUGCUUUGUUUGGGGCCUUUCUGUUCUCUCACUUCCUAGACUCCUUCAAAAACGAAAGUCUAGUUUGGAUCUGGUCUAAGGAGUUUUGAAAGGACAAAUACUAAACAAUGGAAUCAUUUUCCUUUUUAACCAAUGGUGCCAUUUUUCUUUCAUGAUGUUGUUGGUUAGUUGGUUCUUAGGUUUUAUCAACAUUUCAUUUCUCUUUCUGCUUUCGGUUUUUCAUAGUUGAACGUACCUCAUAAAUACUAUGUGUGGAAGUUUGUUUUUUAAAAGCAGUGGGGGAGGCAUGCAGGUGCUCUGAUGUUUGUAGAGGUCAGAAAACAACUUUAGGGAGUAGGUUCUCCUUUCUUUUAGGAGUCUCACGGGUUAAAUCAAGUCGUCAGGCUUGCCCAACAAAGGCUCUUACCCACUGAGCCAUCUUGGAAGCUCAAGUUUGGAAGCUUUUGAAUGUCUUUAAAGAGAAGUGUUGAAUUGAAAAUGAAAAGCAAAUUAAGAGACAAGUUGUGGACUUUGUCCAGUCCAUAGGUCUUAGGCAACCCACAUACUCCUCAGGGUCUUUCAGCCCUUUGAGCUACGAGGCCCUUUCUACAGCUGCUUUUGGCAAUAAAGUCUAUUUCAGUAAAAUCCAUACAAAAGAAAGUUGCCUUCUAUAACCUGGAAUUAUAAGUCUGGUCAAAAUGAAAUACCUAACUAUUUCAAAUUAAUGUUCACUUGGCUUACAAAAAAUUUUAACUCACAACAUACUGAUAAUAAAGAAAUUUGAAUUUUU